UACGCUAGAUCUGGCCUCGGGGGUUGCACGGAAUAUACACUGUCCACCUACUACGUACGCACGGCUGUUGUAUCUAUGAGUGCAUAGAUGAAUUCACACUCAGUUUCCAUUAGCUCGCACUGAUCCACUCCUCCAAGCUCCAGCCAUGCAGGUGGUGACGGGGGCCAUGGGCGCCCUCAUCCCCAAGCUCUUCCAGCUCCUCAACGAGGAGUACAACCUGCAGAAGGGUGUGAAGCAAGACGUCGAGUUCCUCACCAAAGAGCUUCCGAGCAUGCACGAAGCUCUGCGCAAGGUGGCGGAUGUGCCGCGGGACCAGCUUGAUAGGCAGGUGAAGAUCUGGGCCGACGAGGUCAGGGAGCUGUCAUACGUCAUGGAGGAUGUGGUUGACAGCUUCCUGGCAAGUGUCCAAGGCUCCCAGCCCGCCGCCAACUCACAUAAGCUCAAGGAGCUACUGAAGAAGAUGGGGAACCUGCUCCCCAGGGGAAAGACUCGUCGUAAGAUUGCGAAGAAGAUUAAAGGCAUCAAGAUCCAAGUUAAGGAGGUGGCCGAUAGGCGUGACAGGUACGGGGUCAACAAUGCGGUUGCUAAUCUAGCUGCAGCCCCAACUCCCGUUGACCCUCGUCUGUUGGCUCUGUUCAAAGAGCAGAAAGAGCUUGUUGGCAUCGAUGCCGCAAGGGACGAGAUAACAAAGAAGCUCACAGAUGGGGAUGGGGAUGUGGCCAACCAACAAUUGAAGAUUCUGUCCAUUUUUGGAAUUGGGGGACUUGGCAAAACAACUGUUGCCAAAGUAGUGCAUCAGAAGCUUCAAGCAAAAUUCAUGCUCAAGGCUUUUGUUUCGGUGGGUCGCAAGCCCGAUGUGAAGAAAGUUCUCAGGGACAUUUUUCUUGAGCUUGACAAGGAAGGCUACAGGAAAUCCAAUGCACAAGCGCUGGAUGAAAAGCAGCUCAUAGUAGAACUCCAAGAAUUACUUGAGAAUAAGAGGUACUUUAUUGUUAUUGAUGAUAUAUGGGAUGUAGAAGCAUGGAAAAUAAUCAGUUGUGCUUUGAAGGAUAGUAACUGUGGAAGUAAAAUAAUCACAACUACUCGCAGUUUGGAAGUUGCCAGAAGUCCGGUGAGGCUUACCAGCUAAAGCCAC